GACCCUCUGGUGGUGGUGAUGGUGGUGGUGAUCUCUGACUGUGCAGCUCGCUGCCUGGGUCGAAUUUCCAAAAUGACUUUUGAACUGGUAUUUGGGCUCUGGGAAUUCGACAACUUUCACAAACUCGGCUGCAAGUCUGGAGUGGUUUUGUUUGAGCUUCAGCAUCACUUCCCCCUCGCUUUCCUGGGCAACGUGACAAAGGCGAUCCUGGUGCCCUCCCUGCCCGUGCAGCGUGCCGCCCGGGGACCGGCAGCACUCGGCAGCCUCGGGCUUGGCUACUGCAAAAGAGCACCUGCUGAGUCCGAGGAAGAAGAGCAGAUGCAGCAGCGAUGGCGAUUUCUGAUCCACCUCUGCUGUGAGAGCCCUGCAUGGAGCCCAGCCGGAGCUGAGCAGUGUCCCGACAGCCCACCUCGUGUCGAGGAUGCCGUGCAAAGCCGCGAGAGCCCGACAGCAGAGCCAAGGAGGGAAGCGAGGAGGACAUGGGCCUCCCCGGAGGAACACGCGAAACACCUGAAGAAGCCUCAGCUGGACCAGGGCUUCACCGUGCUGCAGGAGCCGGACGCGAUCCCAGCGUGCAGUGGUGGUGAAGAGGAAGACCCCGUGGUCCGUGGAGCUCCCAAACACUGCGAGGAAGGGAACUUGCAGGUUGUCUUUAAUGGAAUGGUUUUAGUGUCUUUCAGAAUCAAUGUGGCAAACUCCUUGCUGGAAGCGCGGGUGGAAGGCCGCCCUGGCUGGCUCCUGGCGUGCCACGAGCGCUGGAGCCUCUCCCUGGGCACCCUGCUCUGCCGGCGGCUCGGGUACCUCAGAAUGACCCAUCAGAAAGGAGUGAACCUGACGGACGUCAAAGUGAAUGAUACACAGGAGUUUGUUCAGGUGAGACCCCACCAGGAAGGCAGCCUGGAAGACAUCUGGCGGGUCAGGAGCAGCUGUGACUCCGGUCGCAUCGUGGCUCUGAGAUGCUCAGAGUGUGGGCUGCGCCCCGGCACUGCGCGGGUGGUCGGGGGGGCGGACGUGCCCCCGGGGCGCUGGCCCUGGCAGGUCAGCCUGUACCACGGCUCCCAGCACCGCUGCGGAGGCUCUGUGCUGGCCCACCAGUGGAUCGUCACGGCGGCUCACUGCCUGCACAGUUACAGGCGGCUUCAAGCCUCUGCCUGGCUGGUGUUCGCCGGUGUUAUCGCCCACGGCUCGAUCAAGCAGGAGGCCGGGGUAUCAGUAAAAAAAAUAAUUUACCACCCACUGUAUAACGACAAUAGCCUGGACUACGACAUUGCUCUGAUGAAGCUCCAGGUCCCCCUGAAUUUCUCAGAUGCCAUCCGUGCUGUGUGCCUGCCCCCCUCCCACCAGGACCUCCUCCAGGGCACCCAGUGUUGGGUCUCCGGCUGGGGCUAUACCAGACCAGACCAAGCACAGGUCACCGAGACACUGAAGGAAGCGCUCGUUCCCUUAAUCGGAACGCAGCGGUGCAACAGUUCCUGCAUGUACGCAGGCGAGCUCACCCCCAGGAUGCUGUGCGCCGGCUACCUGCACGGGAAAAUAGAUGCCUGCCAGGGUGACAGUGGCGGCCCCCUGGUUUGCCAGGAUGAAUUCGCGUGGCGCUUGGUAGGCAUCGUGAGCUGGGGCCAGGGCUGCGCUGAGCCCAACCACCCUGGGGUUUAUACCAACGUGGCUCAGCUCCUGCCAUGGAUUUAUCACGUCACGGAGAUCUACUAG